CAGCGAGCUUGCUCUUCUCCUCUCUCUCGAGCUUCUUUCCCAGGCUUGGAGCUUCAAGAGUCCAGAGCUUGCAAGCUUUUUGUUCACCCAAAUCCCUGCCGUCGUCCAACCAGCCUAACGAGUUCUUGUUCAAGAUGAAGCUCUCGCUUCUGUCUUCUGUGGCCGCCAUGUCCGCCCUGUGCGGCGGGUCUGCGGCCGUUUCGAUUCUCAUGGGCAACGACGACGGGUUCGGCAGUGCCCAGCUCCGCGAGUUCUACCGCUUCCUCAAGGCGGACGGGCACGACGUAGUGGUCGUCGCGCCGGUCGACAACGAGAGCGGCCAAGGGGGCCGAUCCGAGUACUCGUCGUCGCCGAAUCUGACGACGGCCUCCGAGUUCGACUUGGUGCCCGCGGGGGCUCCAGCGCUGGGCCGCGACCCCAUAGACCCGGACAUCUGGUACUACAACGGAACCCCCGCGGCGUGCACCUUUGUGGCCCUGGACCAUGUGCUCCCGCUGCACUACGCCAACAAGAGCAUCGACCUGUACGUGGGCGGGCCCAACUACGGGACCAACGUGGGCAGCUUUCUGUACACCCUGAGCGGCACGAUGGGAGGCACGUACGCCGCCGUUGGUCGAGGUAUCCCCGGCAUCGCCUUCUCCGGAGGCAACACCGAGCAGAGGGCAUAUACCUGGAUCAACAAGACCACAGCCUCAGGCCACCCCGACCCGGCGACCAUCCAGGGCCGGCUGGCUGCCAAUAUUGUCGGACAACUCGUGAAUGGGACGAAGCCGGGCAAGAGGCUGAUGCCGGUCGGCUAUGGGCUGAAUGUCAACACCCCGGUCAUCACCUCCUUCACUAACGACUCUUGCGUCGCCCCGCCCUUCAUCCAGACUCGCUUCUCCGGAGGCGGCUUCACCGACUCGGCCCUAUACAACGCCACGACGGGCACGUUCCAUUACGGAAACUAUCUCGCCACGGGCGUGAACCGCUGCAUCAACGGCAACUGCGCCCUGCCCGGCGAGACCAGCGUGGUCGACGAAGGCUGCUACGGGACCGUCUCCGUCUUCGCCGUCGACUACGACGCUCCGCUGGGCAAAGACCAGACCGAUCUCCGAGUGGCCAUGGAGCCGCUCGUGGCGUUCAAGGACCCGGCCACCAAGAUGGCAGUCAAGGCUCGUGGCGUCUUGACAAAGAAAGAACUCGAGGACAACCAUCCUCUUCGGCACGAGUAAACUCUAAGCGGCUAUAAUUAGAUUUGCCAUGUUCCACACUCGUCACAAGUACAAAUACAAAUACUCUUGAUGAGAAGACUAACCUGAGUGCCGAAAAUUUCCCUCGCCACUUCCGCUGCAGCGGCAGAGCUAAGCGGUUCCUCGUAUUUCUGUAAUCGACCGAGGCCGUUUGCCUGCGAUUACGAUGGCUUGGACUUGCCCAUAUGUAGUUUGGUCAAUAGGAACGAGUGUGUGCUGGCAGUUUCAUCGGGAAAAUUUGAUCCUGGCAACAAUCUCUGAAAAUAAGUGCGCAUCAGUAGCAGUUGAAGCUGGGAACCUAGCAUAUACUCCCCGGGCACCUACCGGGGGCCAAAAUUGUUUACCAAGCGGUGAUAA